UUUUGUAUGUUUUCAUUCUUUAAGCACCGUUCCAGAAGAUGAACCCUGGACCAGACCCAGACCUGUGACUAAUUAGUGGCAGCAUGAAGCAGAAUAACCAACCAGGAGGCCCCAUGGCCCCGAGCGGCCCCCGACCUGUGGGGUAUUUGGUGGCGAGGCAUCAGCUGGGGGGUUUAAAGGAGGCAGGAGCAGAGCUGAGCUCAGGUAGGAGGGGGGGGCACGGCUCAUUCAUGUUCAUGUGGUUUUAUUGGAGCAAGUUUCAUUAGUUUGGUUUAACUCAGCUUUGAUGAACAUUUCCUGUGUGUUGAUGCUUCGGCUGCUUGUUUCUGAGAAUCAUGACAAACUCAACACACGUUCCUUUGUUUAAACUGGCUGUUUACUCUGACACAGGCUUAUUGAGAUACUUCUAUUUCCUGCUCCUCUUGUGUCUAUAUGUUCUGAUUAUCUGUGCUAACGUGGCUGUGAUGGUGCUGAUCUGUGUGAGCAGGAGUUUACGUGAACCCAUGUAUGUGUUCCUGUGCAGCCUGUUUGUUAAUGAGUUGUGUGGCAGCGCCGCCUUGUUCCCGUCUCUCCUGGUCCAGGUUCUCUCUGACGUUCACACCGUCUCUGCUUACUUCUGUUACACCCAGAUCUAUUUCCUUCACUCUUACGGGACGGUGGAGUACAUCAGUUUAGCCGUCAUGUCCUAUGACCGGUACCUGGCCAUCUGCUGCCCCCUGCAGUACAGCACACGCAUGACGUCUAAGAGGAUCGGCCUCCUGAUCGCUGCAGCCUGGUCCUACGGCCUCCUCUCCUGUCUCAUUAUGAUUUGUUUGAGUUCCUCUCUGCAGCUUUGUGGAGACAUUAUUUAUAAAGUGUACUGUGAUAACUACUCUGUGGUGAAGCUGUCCUGCUCUGACACGACGCUCAUCAACAUCAGCGGUCUCAUUUCCAGUCUGAGCACUGUGGGAGUUCCUCUAGUUUUCAUCCUGUUCACGUACAUAAAAAUCCUUGGGGUUUGUUUCUCUGGUUCGAAGCAGACCCGGCAGAAAGCCGUGGCCACCUGCUCCCCUCACAUCGCCUCCGUCCUAAACUUCUCCUUUGGCGCCAGCUUCGAGCUGAUCCAGGCCAGGUCAACCAUGAGCAGCGUCCCCCUCAUGCUGAGGAUAUUCCUGUCUUUGUACUGGCUCCUGUGUCAGCCGCUCUUCAACCCUUUGGUUUACGGCUUGAAUUUGUCCAAAAUUCGUAUUUUAUGUAAAAGUUUGCUGUUUGCUAAAACAUAG